AUGCUGGGCAUUGAGUCAGCCCACGCCAAGGGACCAGCCCCCAGCCCCGAGCCUGCCGAGCCCCCUGGCACCGUCAUGCUGCCUGUGAGCUACCGCCUGUCCAAUACCCGCUUGGCUUUCUUCCUCAAGGAGGUGGGAGCUGGCCCAGUGGGCAACGGCAGUGCCCCGCUGCAGCGCGCCGAGCCCUUCGUUGUCUUCCAGACCAAGGAGCUGCCUGUCCUCAACGUCACCCUGGGGCCCUUCAGCACGGGGCUGGUGCUGCCCAAAGAGCAGCUGCAGCCCUCCAGCACCCUGGAGGUCCCUGACCGCCUCACCGUCAACUGGAAGGUGCGCGCCUUCAUCAUCCAGCCCCGGCUGGUGGCCAACCAGCCCGUGGUCCAAGUGCUCUUCUAUGUAGCCGGCCGGGAUUGGGAUGACUUUGACGUCACCGACCGGCUGCCCUGCGUGCGGCUCCAUGCUUUCCGCGAUGCCCGUGAGAUCAAGAGCUCGUGUCGCCUGCGGGGCAGCCUGGCCACGUGCCUGGUGCAGGCAGAGCUGCCCCACGCCUGGUUCGGCCCCCCGGCCGUGCCACUGGGCAGGCGGAAGAGCCCUGAGAGCCUGGAGGUGCCAGGUGAGAGCCAGCAAGCCGAGCUGUACUACACCCUGCAUGCCCCCGAUGGGGCCGGUCAGUGCCUUGGGGAGAUGGCCCCCCGCCGUGGGGCCGGGGGGGCCAGGACUGAGGGUCCCACGCAGCACCCGCUGCUGCGCAUUGGCAGCAUCAGCCUCCUGCAGCCCACCCCUGGGCAGCCCAUGCAGGAGCAUCGGCUGGAUGGCAACGUCUUCAUACGCCUGCCCGACAAGCCCCUCAAGCCGGGCGAGGUGCUAAGCAUCCUCCUCUACCUGAUGUCCAACUCCACGGUGGAGCACUUCACACUCAGGGUGAAGGCCAAGAAAGGCGUCAACCUGCUCAGCACCAAGUCGAGGAGUGGGCAGUGGCUGGUGAGCUCAGAGCUGCUGACGGGCGGCAAGCACUCCACCGCUACCGUCGAUGUGGCCAGGGCGGAUGGUGCCAGGCCCAGGGAUGGGGAUUCCUCCUCCGAGAUCAUGCAGCUGGAUUUUGAGAUGGAGAACUUCACCAGCCAGUCGGUGACACGCCGCAUCAUGUGGCACAUCAACUACCGGGGCCGGAAUCCCCCGCCUGACCUGGAGAAGGUGGUGACGGAGCUGACAGUCAUCCAGAGGGACAUCCGGGCCAUCGUGCCCCUGGCUAUGGACACAGAAAUCAUCAACACGGCCAUCCUGACGGGGCGGACGGUGGCCAUUCCUGUGAAGGUCAUCGCCAUUGAGCUGAGCGGUGUCAUCGUGGAUGUCUCGGCUAUGGUCGAGUGCAAGUCCAACAAUGAAGACAUCAUCAAG